AUCAGUUGCUCGCCUUUAAGCAUUCACCCCAGCCGCGGCUCAGUUCACAGCACAACUAUGCGCACGAAAGCUGCGUUCGUCUUAGUAAUUCUGUCAUUCCUCGCUGGUUCGACGUACACUCAACAGCAAGAGAAUAUUGCGCCCGUGCCCGAAUGGAUCGUAUUCUAUCAUCAAACAAAGGUGAACAUACAGGUUCUGGAACCACGCGGGAUACAGUUCUGGAUCAAAAGAAAGCCAAACAUUUUGGGUUUUGGAGUUGAGCUGAUAAUAAAUCCUACCUACGAAUCUGGUGCUGGCUGCGAUUUGUGUAGAAACGUUAGUUCUCCUAUAGAUGGGAAGUAUUUCGUUCAAGAUGAUAACGUGCUUGUCAGGAUCGGCGAUACGAUUCAGUACCGAGGUUUGGAGGUCGAAAGCCAUGAGGCUAAAUGGUCAGAAUGGAGAACUGUGUUUGUAGAUAAAUCAUUAUUCACACAAGCGAGAGAGCAUUGCUCUGGUGAAUGUAAUCGUCAAAAAGGUUAUGCCAAGGUUCGUUUCCUGGAAGGUUAUAUCGAAAAAAUGUUGGCGAACUGUGAGAUAGAGGAAUUAUCGGAAAACUUAUUCUUCCCGUUGGAUCACGCCAACCAUCUGGUCAGCGACCCAGUUAAAUUUGUGAAAACUCGCCUUUACACAGUGGAAUCACUAAGACCGUUGGUAGAUAAUGUGAAAAAUGUUUACGUCGCACAGGACGGUGUAGGUUUUAGCAUGGAAACCAUUCUCGAGAAACUAAAGGUGCUAGAGGUGGGUCGCGAUCGGCUUAAACUGUUAGAUUACGAUGAGUACUUGAUUGUUCCCAGGGCGAGUGAUACAAAGUAAUAAACAACAAUUUUAC